UAUGCCACUGUCACUUCCUGUAAAAAAGUUGACGUGAUUUUAUUUUGAUUUUUUACAGUAUUUCUAUGAUAAUACAAUAAUGUGGUCAUUCUUCUCACGAGAUCCUACGAAGGAUUUCCCUUAUGACAUCGGAGAAAUAGUGCCAGGUAUUGAAGACAAAUCUAUAUGGAGUUUGCACGAAGGAAAGAAAAAGGCAUCGGGUGAUCCAGUAUCAAUAUUUGCUUUUGAUGUGAAAGGAGCAAGCGAAUCUCAGGUGCAAGUCGCAAAGGGGGCAUUUAAAAGGAUUAAAACACUGAGACAUCCAAAUAUCCUAACAUUUCUAGAUGGUAUUGAGACUGAAAAAGUGAUAUAUUUUGCAACAGAAGCUGUUGUUCCCUUGGAAACACAUCUCAAGAACAACACGAAAGAUGGACGUGUCAAUGAGCUUGAAAUGUCAUGGGGUCUACAUCAGAUACUGAAAGGCUUAAGUUUCCUGGUGAAUGACGUCAAUUUGAUACACAACAAUGUCUGUAUGUCAUCAGUGUUUGUCGACAGGGCUGGCGAGUGGAAACUGGGGGGAGUGGACUAUAUGUACCCUGCCCAGGGGUCAGACAGUAUCCCCCCAGUCAAGAUUCUCCCUGCCCUAGAGAUUUACGACCCCCCAGAGAAAGGUGACCCAGGGAGAGGUGCAAAACGAGGCACUGAAAAAUGGUCAGCCGACAUGUGGGGUUUAGGAUGUCUCAUCUGGGAAGUAUUUAAUGGGAACUUACCGAGGACCUCUGCACUCAAAACAAUUGGCAAGAUUCCGAAGUCUCUGACUCCACAUUAUUGCGAACUGGUAGGCGCUAACCCAAGGUCAAGGCCAAACCCAUCCAAGUUUAUAGAAAAUAAUCGCAAUCCUGGUGGCUUUAUGAACAAUAAAUUUGUCGACACAAUGUUCUUCUUAGAAGAGAUACAGAUCAAGGACCAGAAUGAAAAAAAUGCAUUUUUCGCCACUUUAUCCUCAGACCUUGACAGUUUUCCUCCUUCAUUCUGCCGACAUAAAAUACUACCACAACUCAUUGUUGCGUUCGAGUACAGUAACGCUGGAUCUGCGGUGUUGGCUCCACUCUUUAAGUUAGGGAAACUGCUUAGUGCUGAAGAGUAUCAGCGAAAGAUUGUGCCAUGUGUGGUGAAGCUGUUUUCAUCCUCUGAUAGGCAGACGAGGGUUAAACUCUUACAACAGAUUGAGUUGUUUGUAGAACAUCUCCAGAGUGACACAGUAAACAAUCAAAUCUUCCCAAAUAUUGCUCAAGGUUUUAUGGACUCCAACCCAGUAGUACGAGAGAGUACAAUAAAGGCAAUGCUACAUGUGGCUGAGAAACUGAACUAUAAAAAUAUGAAUGAAGAGUUACUGAAACAUUUUGCUAGAUUGCAGUCUAAGGAUGAUCAGGGUGGAAUAAGGACCAACACAACGGUAUGCCUCGGUAAGAUAGCAUGUCACAUCAAUCCUGCAAUGCGACAGAAGGUUCUCAUCUCUGCAUUCCUACGUGCCAUUAAGGACCCCUUCCCACCAGCACGACAAGCUGGUGUCCUUGCCAUGGCGAGUACUCAUAAUUAUUACACACUGAAAGAGAGCUGUAUGCGGCUGUUGCCAGCAUUGUGUUCACUGACUAUGGACCCGGAGAAAAUAGUGCGAGAUCAGGCUUUCAAUUGCAUCAGAUGCUUCCUGGGGAAGUUAGAGAAAGCAUCAGAAAAUCCAGAAGAGCUGUCUAAUUUAGAGAAAGAUGUGCUUUCCGGGAGUGGAGUGAACAAUUCUGCGAGUUGGGCUGGCUGGGCUGUGACAGGAAUGUCAUCUCUCACUUCAAAAAUAUACAAACCCAAGGGACCAAACAAACCAACUACAACUAAUACUCAAAAUGCUUCAUCAAAAGAAUCCACUCCAAGACUCACACCUGAGCGCACCACUGAAGUGCCAACUCCAGCUCCAUCUAGUGAGCAAGAAAAGGAAAGUCAAAUCGAACAAGAUGGUGCAGAAGACGGAUGGGACGAUGAUGAUUGGGGAGACAUGGGGGAUAUGUCGAGUAAGAAUGAAGACACAGUUGCAUCAAGAUUAGAGCCAGUGGAGACAUCUAGUGAGGAUACUGGGGGCUGGGACAAUGAUGACAAUUGGGGCAGCUUAGAAGAUACAAAUACACGGACCAGUUCAGUUGGUGGUAGCAUGAAACUUGGCGGUAAAAAAGAAACAUCAGCGCCCCCUGGUGGCUGGGGAGGAUGGGAUGAUGAUGAUUUUGCAUCCACAGAAGACACAGGACUGAGUAGCACCAGUGCGUACAAUUGGGGAGGGGAGGACCAGGGUGGAGAUGAUUUCUUCAGCAAUGUUAUAUCAGAAUCAGCCAAGAAAAAGCCCAGUAUGAAAUCCUCAUCAUCCUUAACAAGCAGUAACAGAUCUAAGUCAGGCUCACCAGCUCGCAGUAACCUUGGCAACAAACCUAGCAACAAAACCAGUACCCAUAGCAACCAAUCAAGUGCAAUAUCUAACACAAGAACAAUGACCUCAAAAUCUCAAACUAGCUCAGGUGGCCAGCUAGGGUCAAAAACUGGUAGACAGGGGUCUAGUAAGGUGGAUAGUGGAGAGGGUUGGGGAAAUGAAGGUGGUUGGGAGGAAGAUUCGUGGUCCAAUGAUAAUGACGGAUGGGGCUCACUUGAAGACACAGGUCCAAGUAAAGCUGAGUUAGCCAAACAAAAACGUGAUGAGAGAAAGUUACAGAGACAGAAAGAACUUGCAGAUAAAAAAGCCUCGAGACAGUCAGGGACUGGAGCCCUUAGAUUAGGUGCAAAGAAAGUAGCAUCAGAUUAAAGCAUUAGAGCCCUCAAAGUGGGUGCUACGUAAUACAGAUAAAGGCUCUCGAUCUGGAUCCUUAAAAAUGAAUACUAAGCAACAUCAGAUCUGGCCCCUAGUCUAAGCCACAACCCC